GGCUGAGACACGCCUUAGGGACUCCGCCACUCAGAGGGCGCCACAGUGGCCGCUCUAGCCGCGUCCCGUGCUUCGGUUCCGCUCUUUCGGCUGCAAGUUCUCUAUGGUGCUGGGGACAUGUGGCGCCUCCCGGGACUGCUGGGCCGAGCUCUUCACCGUCUCCCUGGACCUGACUUCCCCAGGGUGACCCACAGGUCUACCAGCCCAGAUGGGCUUCAGGCUACCUCCUCCACCCUGCUCAUCCCUGUGCCUAGCCUUGACAGGUCUGGCCCCCGUGGUCCAGGCCCAGGCCCUGGCCCAGGCCCAGGUGCAAGUGGGGGCCCAAGGUCCCAUGGAUGGAAGGAUGCCUUUCAGUGGAUGUCUGCCCAUGUCUCCCCAAACACCCUGUGGGAUGCCAUAUCAUGGGGCACCCUGGCUGUGCUGGCUCUGCAGCUGGCAAGGCAGAUCCACUUCCAGGCAUCCCUGCCAGGAGCACGUCGGCGAGCAGAGUACUGCUCUUGUUGCAGUUCCCUGGACCGUUUCCUGUCAUUUCCCUUGUGGCACCCGUGCUCCUUCUUGCUGGCUCUUUGUAGCACUGCAGAGCCAUGUUCUCCCCAGCCCUGAGGACCCAGCCACCAGGCACGCUGGCCUCAGGGAACCCAGACUGAGUCAGGAAGGGCCCUCAGCUCAGCCCAAGAGCCUCUCCUCACACAGCUCCUUGAGAGCAGCUGGUCUUCAGGAUCUCUCUGAGGAAGAUCCCAGGGAUAGUAGCUUCCUGCAUGACAGCACUGGCUUUGAGUUCCAGGCAAAGCCAGCCCAGCCUCAGACCACUGAGGAAAAACAGGAACAAGAUAAAUCAAAAACUCUUUCCCUCGAGGAGGCUGUGACUUCCAUUCAGCAGCUCUUCCAGCUCAGUGUUUCCAUCGCUUUCAACUUCCUGGGUAACUGGGUUGGCCCUGCCUCAGGAACAGAAAACAUGAAGAAUGGGGACUACAUGGCAGCCUUUUCUUACUUCCAGAAAGCUGCAGACCGCGGCUACAGCAAAGCACAGUAUAACGUGGGCUUGUGUCACGAGCAAGGCAGAGGCACCCCCAGAAACCCCAGCAAGGCAGUCCUUUAUUACCAAUUGGCUGCCAGCCAGGGCCAUAGCCUGGCUCAGUACCGCUACGCCAGGUGCCUGCUGCAAGACCCAGCCUCUUUGUGGGGCCCUCAGCGGCAGAGGGCAGUGUCCCUGCUCAAGCAGGCUGCAGACUCGGGCUUGAGAGAGGCUCAAGCUUUCCUUGGGGUGCUUUUCACCAAGGAGCCAUACCUGGAUGAGCAGAAAGCUGUGAAAUAUCUUCGGCUCGCAGCUGACAAUGGGGACUCACAGAGCAGGUACCACUUGGGAAUUUGCUAUGAGAAGGGCCUUGGUAUGCAGAGGAAUCUGGGAGAGGCUGUGAGGUGUUACCAGCAGUCAGCAGCUCUGGGGAAUGAGCUUGCACAGAAGAGGCUACAGACCCUCUUCUCCAUGAAUGCAGCAGCUUUGGGGACCAGUGACCUGGCAGUUACAGGAUUGAAGUCCUUCUCCAGCCCCUCCCUUCACAGUCUUAACACCUUGCUAGCAGGAGCCUCACACCUCUCACACUCCUUGAGCACAGGGAACCUUGGAUCCCUCUGCAGAAGUGGACAUCUCGGACCCAGCCCUGGAGCCCCCAGCAGGGCUGGUCCCCCACACCCCUUCUCCUUGGAAAGGAGCCUCGUAAAACUGGGAUUUGGCUAAGGAAGGAAUUUCUUGCCCAAAUGCCUGGAUGUGUCUGCUUGGCUUUGUCGGACCUUCUCACUUCAGUCCCGAAGAUGAAGUGUAUGGUUUCUCAAAGAGGUAUUUCAUCUUGGAUCCCACAGAAGAGGCCAGUUAUCCACCCACCUCCCCAAAGAGCCUUAAGCACCUACCCCAGCACAGUGAGGAAGAGAAAAGUGUGUGGAGACCCAGGUUCUGCUCUUAGCUUGGCCACUUGCCUGGCCAUGUCACCUUGAAGCAGUGACCUGCACUGUUUCCUCAGUUGUACACAAGGAGCAGUGGCAUCUGCCUUCCUGCCUUACAGGGCUGCUGCAGGGCUCACUGAGACAUCACAGCUUCCCGCUGCGGAGAGGCCCUGGGUGUUCACCUGGGUCACAGGGCCUGGUGAGUCGCUAGGCCAGACCAAGGACCUGGGCCUCCUGUAAUUUUACAUGAAAGCUCUAGGUUGACUAUUGUCACCCUACCAAUGUGAGGGAGUGGAUGUAAAUUAAGCACCUGGAGUCUUGGAGGAAGAGAGUGUAGCUUUUGAGGUCCUCGUUCGAGAAGGGUGUGCCAGAACUGCAUGAGUGUUUAAUAAAUUGAUAUUGGAUUAUUUCAUCAA